AUGGCGAACCUAUUGCAGUUUGUUGAUGGGCUCGAUAUGAUCAACAAUGGGUGGAUCAAAUCUUUUGGACAGAUCAAGUUUGCUAAAAAUAGCAACCUAGUGCAGAAGGUGAACUGUACAGAGACCAAAAAGAAGAAAAUAGAGCAGGAUCAUUCAAUGCAGGUGGUCGAUUCAAGGAGGGAGAUCCAAUCUAUUGCAGACUGUAUCCUUGAAGAGCAGACUGAGAUUACUCAGUGUAGUAAUCUAUCUAAGUGUCCCUACAAGAAGAAGGAAGAUAACAAUGUGAAAGAUGUCACGGAUAAGAGUAAAAGGUUUUACAAGUCAAGAAGAAGAAAUUUUCAAAAGAAGAAGGUUCUUUACUCAAUUGAUAGUGAUGUCUCUGAUGAUGAAAGUGAAUCGGAUGAGAAAUACAGUGAAGAUGAAAAAAAAACUAGUGUUUUCAUGGUGCAAGAGAUCCUUAAUGAGAAACAUAGCGGUGAUCAAUCUGAAAAUAUAGAUGACAGUGAGGAAGAAGAUGCAGAUGUUGUGGUUGACCUUGAAGAAGAAUUGGUUUGUGCUCUUGAAGAACUUGAAAAAGUAAGAAAAGAGUACAAGAAAUACAAGAAGUCUUUGAUAAAAGAGCAUGACUUACUAAACAAGAAUAUUGAAGAAUCAAACAUCAAUAUUGCUGCCUUGACCACUCAGUUGGAUGAAGCUAAAAGAAUGUAUGAAGUGAGUAAAUCAGACUUAGAAAACAAAGAGAAAUAA